AUGUCCAGAGGCGGAGAGGCUGAGCGGCCAGGCGGACCGGCUGGAGUGAGGCGGGCAGCUCGAUACCACAGAGUCGGUAGCUAUGUAGAUGUCUUUCUCCACCCAUCUCAACCGCCGCAUCUUGGACUGUAA